AUGAGGCUCGAAGCCAGGACCGUCGCACCCCCAUCGCUUGACGCUGUCAAGAUGGAGGACCGCAAGCGGCCCAUCACCGAUGACGCCGCUCCUCCUGCAAAGAGGCAGGCCGUGACAGUCAACGGGGCCCGCUCUCACCCCGACGCUGACCUGCCCUGGAAAGAUGAUCUUGAGGCUUUCCAGAAGGAUGCUAUUCUCCGCCAGAUGCGCGAGUUCAAACGCGAAAAGGCUACCGUCGAGUCACAACUGAGCGAGUUGGAGAGCCGUUCGAAGCACCACGAUGCCCAUCUGCGAACAAUUGAUGCUUGGUUUGAUCAGCUUAUCGAUGAAAUCAAACUCCGGGGGGCUGACGAGCUGCCUGCAUCAUCGUCCGCUUCCGAGUUUGCUCCCUCAGUCCCUGCUGCCCUUCUUGGCGACGAUAAUGAAGCCUUCAAGCAACACUUGUCCAAGCGCAGGGAAAAGAUUCUCUCCUCACUCUCCUCUCUCUUUGCCAAGUUCCCUGCAGCCAGCCCCGAGGUCGCUCAACUUCAGAAAAAGCUGUCCGAACUUCUAGCUAGUGAAAAGGAUCAUGUCAUUCGACUCCAGCAGGUUGCGACAGAAAAGGAGCAAUUGUCGGACCGACUGGACACCGCUACUCACCGCUAUCUCGUUGCUGAAAAGAAACUUGAUCGAUUGAAAAGUGCUCAGGUUCAGAAGCUUGAGCAACAAGCAGUUGGAACUAGCACUUUAACAAAAGAAGAGCCCCCUUCAACCAGCAACGGAACAGAUGCAGCCAACGGCACCUCACCAGGACCAAUCAGUGAGGAGCUGGAGACGGCAAAAAACCAAGCUUUGGCUGAGGCAGCUAAGAGGAAAGAGCAUCUCGAGCAGAUAGAGCAGGAGAACAAGAAGCUUACAGAGGAGAUCACGACAUUGAAAGUCAAACUCACUGGGCUCUCUGAUGAUGAUUAUGCAAAGACAGAUCUGUUCAAGGCAAUUAAAAGUCAGCACGAAGACGUCAUUAAGCGCAUCAACAACCUAGAAGCCCAAAACAUUUCUUUGCGCGAGGAAGCGCAAAAGAGUCAAGCUGAGCGAACAGCAUACCGGAUCAAAGUGGACGAGGAAGUGCGUACAACCCUGGCGGAACACGCAAGCCAUGUUUCACAAGCAGAAGCAAACUGCGCUCGUAUCCGAAACGCCCGUGACGAGCUUGUAAGUAAGAAUAACGUUCUGGAGGCCAGCCAUAAGGAUUCCAAGGAGUCUAUCGAGCAAUCAAAACAACUCGUGAGUGCUUGUGACAGCCGGAUUUCGGCGCUCGAGUCAGAAUGCGAGCGACUGCGAUUGCAAAUUGCCGAACAGCAAGCAUCCAUGGAACAGCAAUCCACGGGGCUGGACGACUUGACUCCGGAGCAAUUGCGGGCCAAGGUUUUGAAGCUCGAGAGUCAAGCCCAAAUCUUGAGUAACGAGCUACCGGCCAUGGAAGCAGCAUGGAAGAAGGCGCAAGCAAUUGCAAGCAAGAAAAUUGCCGAGAUUGCGACAUGGGAAGAAAAUAUUGCCAAGGCACACGCAGACAAGGCUAAGGCGGAUCAAAAGUUUUUCGCUGCAAUGAAGACCAAAGGCGAGUUGGAACAGCAAAUUCGGAUCCUCCGCGCCCAAUCUACCAAAGCCACGGAAGUUGUGGCACAGUUGAAAGAGGCAGAUUCGCUCAGUCGGUCACUGGUAGACAAACUAGAGAAGCAAACAGCAGAAAUGCGAUCGCAGAUGGACGAGCUUUCUAUUCAACACCGCCAGCUGCAACAAAAGGUCAACGAGAACGCCAUUACGUCCGAGGGUCAGGUCAGCCAAAUCGCCGAGCUCAAGAAGCUUGUGGAAGCCAAGGACGCAACGUGCCUGGCGGCAAAGCACGCGCAACGCGAAUCAGAAACGGAGCGAGACAAGCUGGCAGCGCAAGUUACUGGACUUGAGAAGCAGGUGCAAAUCUACAAGAAGAAGAGCACGGCCAACCAGAGCUCCGAAGUAUCGACGAUGGAACUGCUGAUUCAGUGUCAGAUUUGCAAGAGCAAGCUUAAGAACACGGUCAUCAAGACGUGCGGGCACAUGUUCUGCGACCAGUGCGUCCAAGACCGGCUCACGAACCGAGCGCGCAAGUGCCCUAACUGUGGCAAGGCGUUUGGCAGCAACGACACGAUGCGCGUGCAUUUGUAA